GCACCAACAUUAUAAUUUACAGUUACUGAAGUAAGUGUUUGUAUAUAGCAGUCGCCAGAACCGUGUGUGAAGUGCAAGGAUUGGAAGAUGACAAUUGUUUGCAAUGUAUGCGAGCUUGGAAAGUCGAAGUAUAAAUGUCCGGAAUGUCUGAUUUCUUAUUGUUCUCUUGACUGCUGGAAGACUCACAAAUCUUCAACAACAUGUAAGCCUGUAGUAUACAGACAGGUACAGCGUCGUCUUAAUUUGGUAAGUGCAGCAGAAGAAAAUGCUGAAUCCACAUCAGAAGAUGCUGUUGCCAAGGAGAAGCUACAAGCAUUAGCGGAAUCGGAUGAACUCAAAGAUGUUCUGAAAAACCAUGAAUUAAGAGAGAUGUUAAUAGCAAUUGAUAAGUCUAAAUUUCCUUCACAAGCAAUACAGGCGGCAAUGAUGGAACCUAUGUUUGUGGAAUUUGCUGACAUUUGCCUGAAAAUUGUUGAGCCACCAGCAGAAUGAAAAGCCUAUUUGUAUACUCGGAAUGGUUUUUUUCCAUAUAAUAUUUGUGCGUGCUGCAUUAAGUUCUUUAUGUGAAAAUAUUGUUGUGUAUGUGAAAAAUUAUUUAUUUAAGAUUGUUGUGAUGUAAUUAUCUUGCCGCAAACAUCAUUUUAUAAAUUUGUUAUACAUUAAAAAUGCUUCGUUUUAGUAGCAGAACAAAUGUAUUGACUGUGGCAUAAUAUUUAUGUUGCUGUUGCUUAAAUUUCUAAUGAAUACACACAUUUUCUAGCUAAUAGUUUCAAGAAUGCAAAAUAAGACAAGAACUUACUUGUUGUUUCUGGUGCAAAUAAGCCAGUCUUUAGUCAUAGGGCACCAUACAUGUGACCACUGUCCCUCUCCAAAUAAUUUUUGUUAUCCAUAUACGUAUGUGGAAAAAUAUAUAAAUGUAGGUAGGCAUAGUUUCAUUUCUGUAACUAAAAAAUGUAAAAUUAGAAAAAGUUCUCAUUGUUUGUCAUUGUGCAUAACAAGCUAGUUUCAAAUGGUGCUUAACUGUUUCCAGUUGCAAUACUUUAGAUCUGUUAUGUCAGACAUGAUUACUAUCAAUUGAAUAUCUGCAUUGACAGUGCCAUUAAUAUUAGACAUUCAUAUAUGCCAAAGGUACCAAUACUGUUCUUUCAAAGCAGAUUAUUUUGAUCACCUGGAACUGUUCAUGUAAAAUAACAGCUCCUUUCAACCCCAAAUACUUUUUUGCUUUAGUCUGUAUUGUAAGGCAAAUAAGUGAAUCGCUACAGUAAAAUCUAUUUGUUUGUCGUAUUCAGUGUUCCUGUUUGAUAAAUGUAUGAAGAAUGUUUUCAGAAUUAAUGGAAUUUUUGGUGCACUUUAAGUUGAAAUAAAGAUGUGUGCAUUCUCCCAAAAUAA